CUUGCUGCCCUCAACAGCUUCUUCUUUUCUUUGCAGAACAUGGAUCAUGGAAGAGCUUGGGGCUGCCUGACCUUCAGAGGCAAAACCGAAGAAGAAGUGAGAGAGAUCGACAAAGUCAUGUACCAUGACUGGCGUAUGGUGCCCAAGCAUGAGGAGGAGGCCUUCAAGAAAUUCACCCCAGUGCCAGAGGAGACCAUUCGGUACCUUCCGUACCCACCUCUGCUCCGAGCCAUGAUCCUUGCGCAGUGGCAGAAAGAGGGAAAACCAAUCACAGAGGAGCCAAUGAUUGAUUUGGGGAAGAUCAUCGCCUCUCCCCUGAGUGCAAAGAAAAAAGCCACAGGGACACCAAUUUAA